UGUUAUGCGUUGUAUGCAUAAGCGCGCAAAUGUUCAAGAACGUAUCGUGGUUAGAAAAAAAGUGAUAUUUUAUAUCAAUAUCGAGAUGAAUCGAUGUGACAUACAAGUUUUUCUCGAGCUGAAGUCGUGCUGUGACAAUCUGAUGAAAAAUCCGUGUAAGAAUCAUGCACAAAAAAUCGCCAAGGUAGCUGAUAACAUUUCUGAUGAAACUAUGCAAGAUCUGUCAACAUAUUGCUUAAUUCCAAUUAUUACCGCUCUACGAAGCAAUUUGAGCACAGAUGUAAAAGAAGAAUUGAUAAAGACCAUGAGAAUUAUAAUACGAAAAACUAGAAUUACAAAAUUAAAAAUCUUUUUUGAAAUUUAUGGAUCUCUGUUGAUUCAGAUUUUUGACAAGAAUCAGCCAAACCAAGUAAUUUUAUUCCAUGAGGAACUUAAGGAAAUAACAGCUUUAUGUAUUAAGGAUCUUAUUCACCAAAGUAUUUCUGAUGUAACAGAAUCGCUUUAUACUAAAGAAAAUGUACUAAAACUUGGUCAAGGAAUACUUUUAUGUCUAACAAUCGCAAGGAUUGAAAAAUCAUCUACUGUGAAAUUAGCUGGAAUAGAUGCAGUAAUGGCCUUGUGUCAUAUUGAUGAUAAAGUAGACAAAUCUGAUAUCAUUAUGCAAGAUCAAGUAGCAAAUACUAUUAUGGCAUUUUUUCCUGGCAUUGUUAGUGGAUUACAGGAAAUAGCAAUCGGAAAUGAAGUUCAGAAUCACAAAGUUACAAUGAUGGCGAUUCGAGCAUGGGGAAGAUUAAUUUCUCUUGUCGUCCAUGAUAAAGACGAAGAAGAUACUAUAUUAUCUAUAGAAUCACUUAUGGAAAAAAGUGUCAAUAUAUUCGCUGAUACAUCACAAGAUUCGAGUCAUGAUAAAACGUGUGACAUAGAACAUAAUUUAAAAGGAGGUGUAAGAAAUAAAGAAUGGUUUGAAGCUGUAGCUAUUAAACUUGAAGCUUGCAUACAACUGUUGGAUAAAGUUACCAGCCAUUCACAUUACAAAGUCGAGAGAGAAUUAGUAGAUAGUAUUAGCCUUAUUCUAGAAAAUUGCCACAGGAAUAUGAAACGAAAUGUUAUGGCAUUAAUAGAUUAUUUAAUUUCCUUGUCUGAAGAUGAAUCUUUAGAAGUAAGCGAGAAAGCACACAGUGUACUAUAUGCAUUAAGUGAAAACUAUAUGCAAAAUCAUGAUAUGAAACCAUUAAUCGAUUUAUUGGAAGAUAAAUUUUAUAGCUUGCUUACAAGAUUGCCCACACGUAUUAGACUAUCAAACGAUGAUGAACAAUUAGUAUAUUUGAAUCAACUUGCCGGCUAUUUAAAAUUAUUUGGAAAACAAAGAUUGCCUCAUAUUAUGAGAUCCCAAGCUCACAAUCAAAGAUUGCUUCUAGCUCUUGUAUACAUUAUGGUUAUAGAUUGUAACAAUGUAUCUCUUUUACAAAUAGUAAAUGUAAAGGAUUUAGAUGAUCCUGCAUAUUUUUAUGGAUCAAAUUCAUGGAGACAAUUUAAGUUUAUUAAGAAUAGUUUAUGUAAAGAGAAACUUGUUACAAUAUGCAAAUUACUUGGUGAAUUUGGAGAUUUUAGAAUAUUAAUCGAUACUAUUCUUGAACUUAUGCUAGAUGCACCACAGCACAGAAAGGAACUGAAUUUGCUACUUAAUUGGAUCUUAGCUUCUGUUAAAGAUUCGUCUGUUUCACAUUUAUAUAAAGAAAUCGUAGACUUUUAUACGACACAGGAAGUAUGGUAUUUACCUAUAGAAGUAACUGAGGAUACUCCUUUGAUACGGGCACAGAGCAAUAUAAUACAGUGUUGUCUCUUAACAGAAGGACUAGGCCACAUAGCACAAAAUUUACAACACGGUUAUGAUAGAUAUCUUUUAAAAACCUUGUAUUUAAUUAUUGAAAGAGCAGGCAGUGGAAACAGUUUAAUUAGCUAUAUUGGAGUACAAACUCUUGAAAAUAUCGCGGAAUCACAGCAGCAUAAAACAAUCGGUGAUUUGUUGCGCGCUAACGUAGAUUAUUUUUCUUAUCAUAUUAUAAUGAAAUUACGCCAAAUAAAUCAGAAUUCUGGUGUACUCGAUGUUAUCAAAGUUGUUAUGAAGUACAGCAGAUUAGAUUUUCUGCCACAUUUGAAGGGGAUUGUGGAAGAUGUUCUUAAACAACUUAGUACUCCUUAUCGUCAAAAAAAUGUUUAUUCGUUUUUGAAGAUAUUUCACACGUUUGUCAUGUGCAUAAAAACAUUAAUAAAUUGGGACGACACGAAAGUAAUAAAAGAAAAGGAUACACAAGCUACAAGUAAUCCUUCAGAGACGAUCAUUCUUUCUUUGUUAGAAUACUAUAAUGCAAAGAAAAUUGAUGAAAAAAUUGAGAAUGAUAUUGAAGAUAUGAAAUCAAAUACAAAUAUUUCAGAUACUGAAUCAUCAGAACAGAGAAAUGAGGAUUACUCAGAUUACAAUGUAGAAGACAAACAAGACAAGGAGUUACCAACUCAUAUAAAAAUAAUCAUAGAAGUUAUUAAAAAGUGUAUACACUUUCUACCUUCAAAGGAUGUACAAAAAUCAUUGAUAGCAAUGCAAACACUUCAAGAGAGUUUACCAAUACUAGUUGAGUGGGAAAAUGAACUAUUGCCUCUUGUACAUCAAUUAUGGCACCCACUAACCGACAGAUUUAAUGAUAAAAAUGUUCUUGUAAUAAAUCAUGCAUGGCAACUAUUACAUGUACUUGCCAAUAUAUCGAAUGAUUUUAUUAGAAGCAGAACUCUACGAGAGGUAUUGCCAUCUAUAUUUAAAUUUUUAACUGAAUCUUCUAAAGAAAGUAUUAAUAAGAGCUCAGUAGAUAUUUAUAAAUUCACACAAAUUUAUAAAUUACAAUAUGAGUUGUUAUCUACAUUGGGAUUAAUUGCGGGUCUUUUAAAAUUACAUGAGCAGGAAUUAUGGCAAAUAUUGAGUAAUACACAAUCAUAUCUUAAUGCAUACCAACAUAUUACGUUACAGGCAUGUUGUGUAAAAUUAUAUAAAGAUGUUGCUGAUUAUAAUGGAGAUAUUACAUGGGUGAAGUGUCUCGAUAUCUGGAAUUCAAAAGUUGCACGAAUAACCUCUAAUGAAAAAUUUGAUAUAAAGGAUCUAAGGACUGCAGAUGUUGCUCCAUCAAAUAAAUACUACAGAAAUGUAUAUGAAAUUAUUACAUACAUUCAACAGAAGACUAUCGAUUAUUGAAUAAAUAAUAUGUAUAUAUAAAUAAUAUAUAUAAAAAAUAAUUUAAAAACUGUGAUAACAUGACAUAAUAAGAUACUAAAUUAUGAAGUUUUGUUAAACAAUAAUGUACUAUUAAAUUAUAAAACGUUUUUAGAAAUAAAUAAUUAUAAAACUAUAAUAAUAUACA